GAAACAAACUACAAUGGCUUCAAUUCAGUGUUCAGUUUCAGUUUCUUCCCUCCCAAACCCCAACCCCAACCCCAAACGCUUCUUUUCAGUUAACCCAUUAAACCAUAACCCCAUUGCUAUAUUCAGAAGCAGAGCCUCGUCUUCAUCAGUGGAAGAUGCUGCUAUGAGCAUUGACAACCUUCACCGUUUCAUCCACCUCAACUCCGGAAAGUGGAACGGCUCUUUCUAUCAAUUCGAUUCGUGUGGAAACAUGCUGCAACAACUUAGUACCAAGCUCUCCGCCACCUCUUAUGGCGAAGAUCAACUCAUGAGUCUCAUUCAAACGCUGUAUAUUAAACAACCUUCAUCAAGUACUACAAUUUCUGGUAAUGACAAUGAUGCAGAAUGGGCAGAGUACAAAAUCAAAGAAACCAAUAUGUUUACCGUUGACAAAUAUCAACAAAUCGGAUUUUUCCCAUCUGAGAGAGCAUUUGCGCUGAGGUACCAAACAGCCGGCAUGUUAGAAACAGUAUUGAGGCAAGGGGUUCUUGGAGAAGAUGACAUUGGUGAAGAGUCACCAAGAAAUCUUAAGCUUCCCUCUCGUCGACCUUCUGUUGUAUGUGAGAAUUGCCUGUACUCCUUGCAGAGAGACAUGCGAGUAAGAGCCUUUCACAUUUUGGAGCCAAAAGGCACGGUAGAUAUGCUUAUCCUCUUUCUAGAGGAAAGAAAUGAUGGGUCUCCUCCUCUGCUUGACAGUUCUAGGGACGUAAAGGAUAGGAUUAUACCCUUUCUCGGUAAAUGGAAAGGUCAUUCCAUUACAAAACGAAGUGGUGUAUAUGGAUCUACAAUUGCUAAAGCUGAUACAGUUGUGUUACAUGAGAUGGAUGACAUUGGCCAACUUAUUCAGGAUGUUACUUCAACAUCUGAUGGGGAAAAUGUUACCACCAACGUGCAUUGGACUGGCACAAUAUCAGACUAUUUGGUUACAUUUGAUGGAGGUUAUCAGAUGAUACUGUUGCCUGGUGGCAUGUACAUGGGAUGUCCUUGUGAUGUAGCAAAAAGUGUAGCAGAAUCAAAAUCGUUCCAUUUAGAAUUCUGUUGGUUGGAGACACCUGACAAGAGGCAAAGACUUGUUCGCACAUAUGAUGUGCAAGGCUUGGCUGUCUCAUCUACAUAUUUUUUAGAAACUAAAUUGUGAAUCCUCUUUUGUCCUUUUCCCCCACCUGAAAUCGUUCGAGUUCUUAUUGUGAAGAUGCCCCAUGUAAUAAAUACCCACUAUUUAUCUUUACAUCCGUUGAUUGAACAUGAUUGGUUAAUAUAUUUAUUGAGCCUUUGGUGGGAAAUGUAGUUUAGGACUCGGGGAAAUGCUUGUACCUGUAGCUUUCCUUGAUUGUUAUUCUGUAAACGGUCUAGUUGAAGAAAAUCCAAUCCAAUGAUAGACAUCGUCAUUCUCAUAAAAAAGAUAGAAUAUCAUAUAUACGGGCGUUACUUAAAAAAUACCCCUCCUUUGGAGGUUUUCACGGUGUUGCAUG